AUGAUUCAUUCCCUUCUCUCAGACAGCGGCAAGGAAAAACAUUUAGCAUCUCUCAAUGUCUUGAAUAAGGAUCAAUGGUUCAUGUUAUGGACACUAUUAAAUUUGAAAAAGCAAGUCUCUGGAUCAUCGUCCACCUGCCAGUUGUCAAGUAAACAACAACAACACUCUCAUUCAGGUGAUGAAACGAAUACAAAUCAAACUUCCAUAACCUUAAAUGCGACAGAAAAUGCCCAAUUUGUUGAAAACAAUAAUAAUUGUGCGACGACCCAGUCCAUAAAGAUACCCUCUUCCGACUCAAGAAGCGAAUUCAAAAAGACAACUUCCAUUCAUGCCAACACACUCAUGUUACCAUCCAUGAAUGGUGAUCACCAAUCACCAAGCCCAUCCUUUCUCAGUGGAGUAGCGAACGAGUUUCCAUCUUUGGGUUCAAUGAAUGAAUCAAACAAUGGUCGUCACAUGAAGCAUCGAAUGUAUGAUGAUGAUGAUAAGGCAUGGUCUCCUCUCCUCAAUGAUCCUAUCAAUUCCAACUCGAAGAAACAUCAGAUCCAUGAACCAUUGCGAGAAGACCUUCCAACUCUGCAUCAAGACCUCAAAGGCAUUCAAAAGAAAUCAUCACUCCGUCAACCACGACACAAGAAACUCCCUUCUUCCAAACCAUCGUUGAUACCCUCGAGUUGGAUGUCUGAAUUUCAAGUUCGUGACGAACAGAAGGACCAUGGCACACCAAUUUUCAUCCAACACACGGCAGAAAUGUUGAAACAAGAGCUCAUGAUUAAGAAAGGUCUCCUUCCCAAACGACCGAGAGGACGCCCACGAAAAAACCACAACCAUACUAAUUCCGGGAAUGAGACGUUUGAAAGAGGACUGAUUGUUCACAACGUUGACAUGCACCCCUCCAAAUGUAGGGGUAGCUGGUAA